AUGCCACCACUGAUGGGCGACCUGCCAGCCUUCCGCGUGGGUGACCCGGCCCCAGCGUUCGCUAGAGUGGGCGUGGACUUCUUCGGACCCUUGGCGGUGAAGAGACAGCGUAAAAGGGAGAAGAGAUACGGCUGUCUGCUCACCUGCCUGUCCACUCGAGCUGUCCACAUCGAUCUGGCUCACUCGCUGGGCACCGACUCAUUCAUCAUCGCGAUGAGACGCAUGAUGGCGAGACGCGGCAAGACCAAGCUGGUUUGCUGGGACAACGAAACAAAUCUCCGAGCCGGUGAGCGCGAGCUGUGCCAGUCGCUGCAGCGGUGGAACCAGGCCAAGAUCGCUGACACGCUGUCACAAGAAGGCGUGGAGUGGAAGUUCAACCCUCCGGCUGCGCCCCACUUCGGCGGCGUGUUCGAGCGUCUGGUGCGCUCAGCCAAACGUGCUCUGUCGACCGUGCUAGGUGACAGGGUUGUGGAUGACGAGACGCUUCGGACGGUGGUCACCGAAUUCGAGGCGCUCCUCAACGGUCGACCGCUGACGCACACGGCCGGGUUCGCGUUGUGGACGUGA